AUGGGGAACAUCUCCUCCAACAUCUCCGCCUUCCAGUCCCUGCACAUCGUCAUGCUGGGCCUGGACUCGGCGGGGAAGCCCCCGGGGCUGUACCGGCUGCAGGUCAACGAGGUCGUCACCAACACCGUGCCCACCAUCGGUUUCAACACGGAGAAGAUCCGGCUGAGCAACGGGACGGCCAAAGGCAUCAGCUGCCACUUCUGGGACGUGGGCGGGCAGGAGAAGCUGCGCCCGCUCUGGAAGUCCUACAGCCGCUGCACCGAUGGCAUCAUCUACGUGGUGGACUCGGUGGACGUGGACCGGCUGGGGGAGGAAAAAAAAACCGAGCUGCACAAGGUGACCAAGUUCGCCGAGAACCAGGGCACCCCGCUGCUGGUCAUCGCCAACAAGCAGGACCUGCCCAAGUCGCUGCCGGUGGCCGAGAUCGAGAAGCAGCUGGCCCUCCACGAGCUGACCCCUUCCACCACGUACCACAUCCAGCCCGCCUGCGCCAUCAUCGGCGAGGGGCUGACGGAGGGCAUGGACAAGCUCUACGAGAUGAUCCUGAAGCGCAGGAAGUCCCUCAAGCAGAAGAAGAAGCGGUAGAAGCCCCGCAGACGCGGGGAGGG